AUGAAUGGAACUACUUCUGAGAAGGCGGCAUCGAGCCUGUCGUCUGAUCUCCACGCCACAGUGAGCUGUCACCCGGGCUCCAAUGAUUUCCCGACGCUGCCAAAGUCUUCUCCCAUGGACAUGGGGUUCUACAGCGGCCAGACGAUGCACAGCCACCACGGCUACUACCCCAGCCACUGCCAGUCCUACUCGCAACCAAUGAAGCCAUACUCGUAUCAUCACCAUUACAAUCUCCAUGGGAUUGGGGUAUCGGGGGCCUACAUUGCAAAAUCGGAAUACCCUUAUCCCCAUAAGCAAUACGCUCAUUAUACCCGGGACAUACAGUCACAUCUCCAAGAUAUCGUGAAAGAGGAACCAGAGCCUGAGGUGAGAAUGGUCAACGGAAAGCCUAGAAAAAUCAGAAAACCUCGCACCAUAUAUUCUAGUUACCAGCUCGCUGCGUUGCAACAUCGCUUCCAGGGAGCUCAGUAUUUGUCUCUUCCUGAGAGAGCCGAACUAGCGGCUCAUCUCGGUGUGACACAAACACAGGUCAAGAUCUGGUUCCAGAAUCGGCGUUCCAAAUUCAAGAAGCUGUACACAAACGAGGAAGUUCCACUGGACCACAGCCCAGGAGCCAGUGACUCUAUGUCCUGCAAUUCACCCCCAUCCCUGGCCAUUUGGAACAGUAGUAUACCCACAGACCCUGCCACUAGAGAGCAGGCUCCCCAGCCCUCCCUCAGCUCCUCUCUAUGUUAUGUGGAGGACUACACUCAUCACUGGUAUCAACAGACCUCACAGUCACGCUCACAGCACUCAGGACUGGUUCUUCAGCACACAACACCACCAAAGAAUAUGGGGGCGGUGUACUAA